CUGGUUCUGGAGUCUGAUGGGACCUCAAAGAAACCCGGUUUCACCCUCCCCCCCAGGUCUCCCUCACCGUCGGGCGUUUCCAGGUGUCACCCUCUAAAGAUGUUCCUGCUGUCCGUCAUCCCGAGCCCCGCCCCCUCAGUCAGGCCACACCCACCACUCAUUCCCCUCCUCCUUCCAUGGCGAGCCAAUCAGAGAGCAGCACGGAGGAGACGAGCCAAUCAGAGAGCAGCACAGUGAAGCUCUCCAGAGGACAGGAGGAAGAGGAUGGGAGGGGGCGCCGGCUUAGCCAAUCGUGGAGCCGCUCGACGCCCCUCAUCAGCUCUGACGAAUCAGGGAGUGAGAACGAGGAGAUGUGGGCGGAGCUGCAGGAGCUUCGUGAAAGACAACACGCAGAGGUGCAGGAGCUGCAGGCCAAUCAGAAGCGAGAGAUCGAGCAGCUGUACCUGAGGAUGGGGAAAGUUCCGCCCCCUGGCAUCGUCUCUCUGGCGGCCAUGUUGAACCACAGGCAGCGCCGCCUCUCCGCCCGGAGAAACAGCCUGAGAGCGGAGCUGCUGCCCCCUCCAGGCAUCAUGAGGAAGAGCUCGGGCAGCAGUGGGUCUCAGGAGCGAGCAGGGAGAGGCGUGACCUUUGCCCCCGAGCACAGCUGUAGCUGAGCGGGAAGAAGCGUCUCCUACACACCUGCACAGGGAGAAGACGAGGAAGAGGUGGAGGAAGAGGAGGAGAAGGAGGAGGAGAAGAGGAGGAAGAGGAAGAGGGAGAAGACGAUGACGUCAGAUUUAUAUUCAGAAACAUUCAUUCGGUUUGACUCCAGAUCUGUGUUUAUAAGACAUUCAGCACUUUGUUGUUGAUUUCCUCCUGAGACUCAGCAGAGGCCUGUCCUACGAAGCUGGUUCAACCUAACCUGGAUAUGUUGGAGUUAGCCGGUUGGUCUAAUCCAAAACAUACGCGCUCUC